UUCAACUUCCCGCAUCUCCCUGACGAUCAGGCCUGUAAAUUUCCACUACUCUUGCCCUUUUCGGCCCCGCAAGUAAGCUUGUUGGGGUUCCCUUCCUUCCUCAGUUUCGCUGCUUUGAUUCGAAAAGACCCUGUUUUUUCAGCUAACUCGUACUUUAGGGCAAUGGAUCGUGGACGAGGUCGAACCCCACACAGUCGAGGACGUAAUUCUCCAAUACGACGGUCCCAACGUGCUAAUGAUCAAUCCAAGCAUCCCCAUAACCCAGUUGUUGGAGAUGGAUUUUCUGGCAGUAAAUCAUGUUCUGGAAAGGAUGGAAGGAAAAGUUAUCGGCAAAAUUCAGGCCGUAGUUUUUCGCUGUGUCAUGGUUCUCAAGCUUCACAUUACUGUGAGCAGUCCUCCUCCUCCUCAUGUGAAGGAGAUGAUGAAUCAGUUAAAGUGACCACUUGUCAACUAGAGCAGAGAGUUCCUGACACUUCAAGUGGUUGCUCAGAGGAAUUGGACAGAGAAACGGCUUCUAAAUUGGUUGUAAAGAGUGACGCUGAGCUACCUUCAAGGCAAGGUGAUCCAGUUGAACAUUUAGAGAGCAGGAAUCCCACUAUUGUCCAUAAAACUGUGGAAACAGAGAAUCCUGCAUUGGUUGAACCAUUUGACAUUUGCCGUCCAAAAGAAUCUGGAUUGGUUUCUUUGAAAGUAUCUUUACUUGUACGUAAUAGAGAAAAGCGGAAUGAAACCAAACGCAAUAUGGGUACGACAAGUAGGACUGUAUUAAGGCCUGGGAUGAUACUCUUGAAGGGUUACAUUUCAUCAAGUGAUCAGGUCAAAAUAGUUGAAAGAUGCCGGCAGUUAGGACUUGGUCCUGGGGGAUUCUACCAGCCUGCUUAUCGUGAAGGGACAAAAUUGCAUCUGAAGAUGAUGUGCCUGGGUAAAAAUUGGGAUCCUCAGACAAGUGAGUAUGGAGACCGCAGGCCCUUUGAUGGAGCAAGGCCACCCAACAUUCCUGUUGAAUUUCUUCAGAUUACUGAGCAAGCAAUUAGGGAUUCCCAAGCUCUCAUACAGCAAGAUUCGAAAACUGGCAAGCCAGAGAAGACACUUCCAUCGAUGGAACCUGACAUAUGUCUUGUAAACUUCUACUCACAAAACGGGCGUUUGGGUCUUCAUCGGGACAAGGAUGAAAGUGAAGAAAGCCUUCGUCGAGGCUUGCCAGUGGUUUCCUUCUCCAUUGGAGACUCAGCAGACUUUCUAUUUGGUGACGAGAGAGAUCCUGACAAGGCACAGAAAGUUGUGCUGGAAUCAGGAGAUGUCUUGAUCUUUGGUGGGAAAUCCAGAGAUAUAUUUCAUGGCGUAACUGUCAUUCAUCCGAACACUGCCCCCAAGCUUUUGCUGCAAGAAACAAAUCUGCGACCCGGCCGAUUGAAUAUUACUUUGAGACAGUAUUAAAAGAUCCUGGCUUGUGUUCAGAGAAUUGCAUGCUGUUGCAAGUUUCUUUUGCCGUUCUUGUGUUUCAUAUCCUAAACAACCCGAGUCCGUUGAUCACUAGAUGUAUGAAAUCUGUCCGGAUCGAGACGAUUGUUUUUCGUUUAUAGACUGAAAAUUCAAUGAAUACUUAGGUUUGCAAAUUUUAAUGUACAAGAUAGUAUAAUGUCCUUGGAAAUGACGAUGUUGCACGGCCUUUGUAUUUCAGAUGAAUGCCUUUUGACGGCUGCAACUUAUAAUUACAGAACUAUUUUAGUUAA